UGCGCGCAGAUCUGCAGAGCCGAGCUUCGGAACCGCCGCUCUCUGAUCAGCCAAGCGGGCAUGGAAGCCACUUCCUGAGCGAACCCGAGCGCCUCGAGGGGAGAGCUGAGCAGGGUGAAUGCGGAGGACGGAUUUCCCUGGCUGCUGACGGAUCAGGCAGAUGGAGGGAUGAGGAUAUAAGAGGAAGAGGAGGAAGAAACGGAAGUGGAAAACAAUUGCCUGGGAAUUUCUUCUUUCGUGUCAGUAGGACGUUGCGCUCUUGAACGGGACCGACUGCUGUCAGAAGUACAAACGCCCUCCUGCUCACACAUUCCCUUCCCCUUCCAUCAUGUCCUCCCACCUCAGUCCCCCCCUCGUCAUCCUCCCCUUCAUCCUUAUCCUCUCCUUUGGCUCCACCUCCUCCUUUUUCUCCUUCUCUCCUCCGGAAGGAGGUCUCACACAUUUGGUGGUCCACAACAGAACCGGAGAAGUCUAUCUGGGUGCCGUCAACUGGAUCUACAAGCUUUCAAGCAACCUGACCAAACUACGAAGCCACGUGACUGGUCCCGUCACGGACAACCCUCGCUGUUACCCCCCACCUGGUGUGCAGUCCUGCCCCCACGAGCUGGUGCAAACUUCCAAUGUCAAUAAACUUCUGCUGCUCGAUGCGGCCCACAACCGUUUAAUUGCUUGUGGGAGUACUUCCCAGGGAAUCUGUCAGUUCCUGCGCCUGGAUGAUUUGUUUAAGCUCGGAGAGCCGCACCACCGUAAAGAGCAUUAUCUAUCCAGCGUGGCCGAGGCCGGCACCAUGUCAGGGGUGGUCAUCUCCCCAGACAUCUUCAGCGGGGACGGCAAACUUUUUGUUGGUACUCCAAUUGAUGGGAAAUCCGAGUACUUCCCCACGCUGUCAAGUCGCAAGCUGAUGUCCAACGAGGAGAACGCCGACAUGUUCAGCUUUGUUUACCAGGACGAGUUUGUCUCAUCUCAGCUUAAGAUUCCCUCAGACACACUCUCCAAGUUCCCCGCAUUUGAUAUCUACUACAUCUACGGCUUCAACAGCGAGCAGUUCGUGUAUUACCUGACCUUACAGCUCGACACUCAGCUCACCUCGCCUGAUGCCAGCAGCGAGCAGUUCUUCACGUCCAAGAUCGUCCGCCUUUGUGUUGACGAUCCAAAGUUCUACUCUUACGUCGAAUUCCCCAUUGGCUGCACCAUGAACGGUGUGGAGUACCGCUUGGUUCAGGAUGCUUACCUGGCCCGGCCGGGGGCCCGUCUAGCCCGUUCACUGGGAAUCAGGGAGCACGAGGAGGUUCUGUUCACCGUGUUCGCCCAGGGUCAGAAGAACAGAGCCAAACCACCCAAGGAGACAGUUCUGUGUCUGUUUACAAUGAGGCAGAUAAAAGAGAAGAUCAAAGAGAGGAUUCAGUCGUGCUACAGAGGAGAAGGGAAGCUCUCCCUGCCGUGGCUGCUCAACAAGGAGCUGGCCUGCAUCAACUCGCCGCUGCAGAUAGAUGAUGACUUCUGCGGCCAAGACUUCAACCAGCCCCUGGGGGGCACGUCGGCCAUCGAGGGCUUCCCGCUCUACGUGGACAAAGUGGACGGCAUGACCUCCAUCGCUGCCUAUGACUAUCGAGGGAACACGGUGGCUUUCACGGGCACGCGCAGUGGACGCAUCAAGAAGAUUCAGGUCAAUUCCAUUUCCCAGCCGGCUCUGCUGUAUGAGAAUGUGGUCGUGAGCGACGGGAACCCCAUCCUGAGAGAUCUCCUCUUCAGCCCGGAUCAUCAGUUCUUGUACGCACUGACGGAUAAACAGGUCACCCGCGUAUCAGUGGAGAGCUGCGAGCAGUACACUUCCUGUGGAGAGUGCCUGGGAUCAGGAGAUCCUCACUGUGGCUGGUGUGUUCUACACAACGUAUGUUCACGGAGGGAUCGCUGCGAGCGCGCCGAUGAGCCUCAGCGCUUCACCACCAGAGUGGAGCAGUGCGUCCAUCUCUCCGUUCACCCGGAGACCAUUUCUGUCACCAUGUCAGAAGUGCAGCUGGUGCUUCAGGCGCAGAACGUGCCCAGUCUGUCAGCUGGAGUUAACUGCUCCUUCGAGGACUACGUGGAGACAGAAGGACGCAUCUACAACGGGCGGAUCUUCUGCUUGUCUCCUUCUACUAAAGACGUUGCACCCAUCACACGAGACCAGGGUGACCAGCGCGUCAUCCGCUUAUACCUGAAGUCAAAGGAGACGGGGAAGAAGUUCGCCAGCGUUUUGUUCGUCUUCUACAACUGCAGCGUCCACCAAUCGUGUCUAUCCUGUGUGAACGCAAACUUCCCGUGCCACUGGUGCAAAUAUCGCCACAUGUGCACUCAAGAUGCCAGCGACUGCUCCUUCCAAGAGGGGCGAGUCAACACGUCACAGGAAUGCCCUCAGAUCCUGCCUUCCACCCAGAUCUAUAUCCCUGCCGGGGUAAUGAGGCCAAUUACCCUGCUGGCCCAGAACCUGCCCCAGCCUCAAUCCGGACAGCGAAACUAUGAGUGCAUCUUCCACAUCCAGGGCAGCGUGCACAGCGUCCCCGCGCUCAGGUUCAACAGCAGCAGCAUCCAGUGUCAGAAGACCACGUACGACUACGAGGGCAGUGACAUCAGUGACCUCCCGGUUGACCUUUCUGUGGUGUGGAACGGCAACUUUGUCAUCGACAACCCCUUCAACAUUCAAGCUCACCUGUACAAGUGCAGGGCGUUGCGGGACAGCUGCGGGAUGUGCCUGAAGGCCGACCCGCGCUUCGAAUGUGGCUGGUGCAUUCAAGACAAGAAGUGCUCCUUAAGGCAGGAGUGCACCAGCGGAGGAAACUCCCAUCAGCCACUGCAGUUGGCUGAAGGUGCAGGAUGGAUGCACGCUACGUCUGGAAACAGCCGCUGCACCCACCCAAAAAUCACAAAGUUGUUCCCUGAGACUGGGCCUCGCCAGGGGGGCACCAGGCUGACCAUCCUGGGCGAAAACCUGGGUCUGCAAUUCCGAGACAUCCAGAUGGGCGUCAGGGUGGGGAAGGUGCCGUGUGUGCCCAUAGAGGACGAGUACGUGAGCGCAGAAAGAAUAGUGUGUCUGCUGAACGACGCUACCAGCUACAGGGUCCAGGAGGCUCAGGUGGAGGUGUGUGUGAGGGACUGUGUCAACGACUACAGAGCCCUGUCGCCAAGGCCAUUCACCUUUGUGACUCCAUUCUUCACCCGUAUCCAGCCCUCUCAGGGACCCGUCUCAGGAGGAACCCGGGUCACCAUUGAGGGAAGCUACCUCAACGCGGGCAGCUACGUCGCUGUCAGCAUUGGACCACAGUCCUGCCAUUUCAAGAGGAGGAACGCCCGUGAGAUCGUCUGCGUUUCACCAGCGGGACUGGCAGCAGGCGGCGCCUCGGUGCUGGUGGACAUCGAUGACGCCGAGCUCAGGAACCCGGAGGUCAAAUUUAACUACACUGAAGACCCCACUAUCCUGAGAAUAGAGCCCGACUGGAGCAUUGCCAGUGGUGGGACUCUGCUGACGGUGAGCGGAACCAACCUGGCAACCAUCCGGGAACCGAAGAUCAGGGCCAAAUAUGGACAGGCAGAGUCCUUUCAUAACUGUACGGUGUUCAACAAUUCGGUGAUGGUGUGCCUCGCCCCGUCAGUCGCAGACUCCGAGCUCGGCUUUUCUGAGACCGGCACCGGCCCGGAUGAGAUCGGCUUCUACAUGGACAACGUCGACGCCCUGGUGGUGGUCAACGAAACCUUCAACUACUACCCGGACCCCGUCUUUGAGCCUCUGAGUCCAUCCGGCAUCCUGGAGCUCAAACCUCCAUCGCCUCUGAUUCUCAAGGGUCGUAACCUGAUCCCGGCGGCUCCAGGUAACAAUCGGCUGAACUACACCGUCCUGAUCGGGGAGACUCCGUGCGUCCUCACGCUGUCUGAGAGCCAGCUGCUGUGCGAGUGGCCCAACCUCACCGGACAGCACAAAGUCACGAUCCGUGCCGGCGGCUUCGAGUAUUCACCAGGAACUCUUCAGAUCUACUCCGACAGCCUGCUGACCCUUCCUGCGAUCAUCGGCAUUGGAGGGGGUGGGGGCCUGUUGCUGUUGGUCAUCAUUGCCGUGCUGAUUGCCUACAAGAGGAAGUCCAGAGACGCAGACCGAACCCUGAAACGUCUGCAGCUCCAGAUGGACAACCUGGAGUCCAGAGUGGCCUUGGAGUGUAAAGAAGCCUUUGCCGAGCUUCAGACGGACAUCCACGAGCUGACCCAGGAACUGGACGGAGCCGGGAUUCCCUUCCUGGACUAUCGGACCUACGCCAUGAGGGUCCUGUUUCCCGGGAUUGAGGACCACCCUGUGCUUAAGGAGAUGGAGGUCCAGGCCAACGUUGAGAAGGCGCUCACGCUGUUUGGCCAGCUGCUGACCAAGAAGCACUUUUUGCUGACUUUCAUACGAACCCUGGAGGCGCAGAGGUCCUUCUCCAUGCGGGAUCGCGGCAAUGUGGCGUCCCUGAUCAUGACGGCCUUGCAGGGGGAGAUGGAGUAUGCAACAGGGGUCCUGAAACAGCUGCUGUCUGACCUGAUAGACAGAAACCUGGAGAGCAAAAACCAUCCAAAACUGCUGCUGAGGAGAACGGAGUCGGUUGCUGAGAAGAUGCUGACCAACUGGUUUACAUUCCUGCUGUAUAAGUUCCUUAAGGAGUGUGCUGGAGAACCUCUGUUCAUGCUGUACUGUGCCAUCAAGCAGCAGAUGGAGAAGGGCCCCAUUGAUGCCAUCACAGGAGAGGCGCGCUACUCUCUUAGCGAGGACAAGCUCAUCCGGCAGCAGAUUGACUACAAAACUCUGGAACUGCGACACCAUCACUCAGGUCAAAGAGAAGCUGCUGGAUGCUGUGUACAAAGGCAGUCCCUACUCACAGAGGCCAAAGGCCUCUGACAUGGACCUGGAAUGGCGUCAGGGUCGGAUGGCCAGGAUCAUCCUGCAGGAUGAAGAUGUCACAACCAAGAUUGACAACGACUGGAAGCGACUCAACACGCUGGCUCACUAUCAGGUAACCGACAGCUCAGUCAUCGCCCUGGUGCCAAAGCAGAACUCUGCCUACAACAUCUCCAACUCCUCCACCUUCACAAAGAGCCUCAGCAGAUACGAGAGCAUGCUGAGGACAGCCAGCAGUCCAGACAGCCUUCGCUCCCGAACGCCAAUGAUCACACCUGACCUGGAGAGUGGAACCAAACUGUGGCAUUUGGUGAAGAACCAUGACCACUCAGACCAGAGGGAGGGUGACCGAGGAAGCAAGAUGGUCUCUGAGAUCUACCUGACCAGGCUGCUCGCCACAAAAGGAACACUCCAGAAGUUCGUGGAUGAUUUGUUUGAAACCAUCUUCAGCACAGCCCACAGAGGCAGCGCGCUGCCGCUGGCUAUCAAGUACAUGUUCGACUUCCUGGACGAGCAGGCCGACAAGCACUCCAUCACAGACUACGACGUACGACACACUUGGAAGAGCAACUGUCUUCCUCUGCGCUUUUGGGUCAACGUCAUCAAAAACCCUCAGUUUGUGUUUGACAUCCAUAAGAACAGCAUCACGGACGCCUGCCUCUCUGUGGUGGCUCAGACCUUCAUGGACUCCUGUUCGACGUCUGAGCACAAGCUGGGAAAGGACUCGCCCUCCAACAAGCUCCUCUACGCUAAAGACAUCCCCAACUACAAGAACUGGGUAGAGAGAUAUUACUCUGAUAUCUCCCGAAUGCCAGCAAUCAGUGAUCAGGACAUGAGUGCCUACCUAGCAGAGCAGUCCCGGCUGCACCUCAGCCAGUUCAACAGCAUGUCGGCGCUGCACGAAAUCUACACCUACAUCAUCAAGUACAAAGACGAGAUCCUGUCGGCGUUACAGAAGGACGAACAGUCGCGCCGGCAGCGGCUACGAGGCAAGCUAGAGCAGGUCAUCGACACCAUGGCUCUGGCCAGCUGAGGACCGGCCCAGUCUGCAGAACUGGAUUUAAAUAAAAACACACAUCUCGUGACUUUUUGAUGUCUGUUAAAACUUCAGUCAAGGAAACGACUGGAAGGACGCAGGCACCCAGCAGCAGCAGCACACAGGAGCAAGCGCCUCCUUCUGUUCCCCUCUACUCUUCUUUUCUGAGCCACUAAUCCAACAAGGGUCACCGGAAUCAAACACGGACCUGACAUCCCUCAGCUGGAGGAAAAGCGUUACUGCCAAGGCUGUGGCUCAGACGGUCAGAACCCAGGAAUCUCUUCCCCUUCUGUUGUCCUCUCGCUUCUGCUGACCUCCAGAGGACAUGAAAGGUCAGGGACAGCCGCAGAGGAGCUGAGGACGGACCUUCUCCACCCCCAGUGCUGUGCCACUUGUGUUACUGCUGAAUUUGCACAACAAAGCUAAAUCAAAAGAGAGGAUAUAUGAAAAUCUAUAUAGAUAUAUAAAUAAAAGCCGCUGUUUUUAAAACAAAUGAGAAGUUUAAAAAAAUGUUUUCCAUUUCAGUGUAUAAAAAUUUGAUAUUUCCUAGAUGAAAACUUUAGAAAAACACAAGGAAAAAGUCGUCUUGUGCCAUGUUUUACUUUGAAUGUCGUUCAGUGCAAAGAAACUCCUUUUCGUUAGAUGAAACGUGCAAAUAUGAAAAUGUUGUCAUGCUUAGUGACUGAGAGUUUAAAUAUAGGUAAGUGGCAAAAAAAAGAAAAGAAAAAAAAGAUUUAUUGAAAUUCAGAAACUCUGUUGCAGGAGGUUUUAGGGCCAUUUGUGAUACUUUUCUGGGCUCUAAAGGAAGACGUGUGUCUGCUCAGCCAGCUAACCUACAGUGCUCUUGUGUUUCGUUUUAGAGAAACCAAAUACAUCACGGUCAGCUGAUUUGAACUCCUCUGCUCUGAAAGCAUUUCUAAGAUGUGCCGUCCAAACUGAGGCCAGUCUCUGUUUUGUUUUUUUGUUUUUUUGAUUAGCUAAAGAGCCCUUUUCUCCUUUUCUUUUUAAUGUGAAUGUGAUUUUUUGAAAAGUUAAUGAGAUGUAGCUUUGAGAUUUGUGAGUGUUUUUGUACACAGUUAAGGCCUUUCUCUUUUUUUUGUUAGGUGGUCAUAUUGGGGCAAAAAAAGAGAAAAAAGUGUUUAAAUGAUUUGAGAAAACUGGAGUUUUACAGAUCCAUACGUCUUCAUCAAACAUCACGUUGAAAACAUGACUCUGCAUUUCUGAAACUGAAACCAGUACCUCAAGAACCAUGACUUUUUCUUCCGUUCA